AGAAAUUUUGCCUUAACUGAGGAUCAGUUUGUUGCAAACAUUGUCAUAAUUCCUCCUUAAAACCCUUUGAAAUGGACAACAGAAUGAGAGAGCUAAGUGGGAAAUGAAACGGGGGCUUAGGGGCUUGCCCCCGGAAAUAUUUUGAAAAACAUCCUAUUUAGAAGGUCGGAACAUGUCCCAAGUUGAAAAUCAAAGUUUUUUAUCCACAAUUGGCAUUGGCAUGAAGAAGACGCUCUGUUAAAUUGACUGUAUUUGAAACGUCUACACGGCUGGUUAAAUUUGUAGGUAUCAAGUGACGUAUUGUCCUCAAUUUUAUGUAUCAAAUGAUGAUAUCAAAUGAUAGAUUUUGAAAGUUGGACUAAAACCCAAAGCCCGUUUUUCUGUAAGCGAGACACUCACUUCCAAGAUUUUAUAAAGAAAGAAGCUUCUCUGGCCUAGGAGACGAGAUUAUUUUCGAUUCAACUCGAUCUCAAAAUCUUUUAAAAUUCGACGAAAUAUAUGACUUCGUUCUCAUCAAACGGUAACAUAAAAUUUUUUGAAAGUUUUGCAUCAUUGAGAAAUGUAAAAGGGUGCCUAAUCACCUGCUAGCCUGAUGACUAUGUUGCUCCUGCCUCCACGCUACUGUUACAUAUCAUUUGCAAAGAAUAUUAUGCCAGUACACCAGCGUGCGCAAUUAUCAUGUGCUCAAAACCGUAGACUUGUCCGAAAAAUGUCUGAUAACAUAUCUUGGAAAAAUGGAUUUUAAGAGAUCUUGCUGCCAUCCUUUUUGUGCAAAUUGAUAUUUUGCAGGUUGAUAGGCUCCCUCUCUAUGAGAAACUGUGCGUAGAAAUGGUAAAAGGAUAAGGAAUUUCUUAAGAAAAGGCGCAGUUCCUUUCCGGGACAAAUUUGAAAAAAAAUUGGAAAACUUUAAUAGCUAGUUGUAAAUUUGAAACCAGUUUUUUUCAAAACAGCCGGUUUAACUUUCCAUUAAGUUUUCUAGAAGGUUCUUACAUGACGGCAUGAAUCCUCAACAAAUUCUGUAUAAACUUUUUUUAAAAAGUGGUCAAGAUUUUUUACUUCAAGUAGUGAUAAUUUAUUUUGGUACAAAACUCCUUGUUUUAACGUACAAAAAGCAGGAUGCCUAUGAGUUGUUAGUUGAAUUGCAAAACAUAAUAGCUUAUCACGGACAGGCAGUAUUGUCCUCUAUCAUUCUUAGAGCAGUUUUCACUAUCAAGGGAUAGUUGAUGGCCCAAAGAAAAACGGACUUUUAUUCAAGAGAGACAACUCAAGGAAUAUGCACAUAUUACGAAAUCAAAAAUCGGCAAUAUUAGAAAAAUCCCCUUCUCCCUAAACAACUAUUUUAACAAACUUUAACAAAUAGCCAUCAUAACCGUAAUAACGUUUGUGUAAAUCCCCCCUCCCCAUCUUUGAUUACAUAAUAUGUGAACGUUCCCAUACCCAAUAGCCAAGGCAUCGGUAAUUUUAUCCAGUUACAGCCAUUCUGAUUAGAAAGAGCACAGGGUAGCGCUUACCCUUUUUUAAAGUGCGAGCCCUCAGUUAUUGGAUACCACGCACUAGGAUUAAUUUGCAUUAGCCAUAAGAUUAGCCAUAAGUUAAAAACUAAUAUGGUUAGUCAGACGUCAUUGGUUUCACAAAAUUAUUAGUCAUCAGUCAAUUGGCAAAUAGUCUGCUAGUUAGCUAGUGAAAAUCCCUACUACCCUUUCAACAGAAUUCGAAUUAAUUCAAGUAUUGUGCACCUGCUUGAAAAAAUUACAAGCUAACCAAAAUUACAAGAGGUUUUAUACUCCGAGGAGUUUCAGACAAAAAAGCUUCUAGUAUGUUUAAAAUGUCUGCUUCUUUCAAAGUCAUUGUUCAAAGCAAAAUAUGUUCUUUACAAGGUUUUCGGAAAAUCUUGCAGAAUUUGUAGACUGGGAAACUUUGCAAUCAAUCUUAAUAUUGUUCAACUUAAGGCGGCCCUGGUCAAACGAUCCAACAUUUCGCCCAACUUUUCGCACAACAUUUUUUUCGAUGUUGGAAGGUGAUCCGACGUUGGUGGUCAAACGAUUCAACAUUUCGCCCAACAUUUCGCCCAACAUUGUUUUCGAUGUUGGAAGGUGAUCCAACGUUGGUGGUCAAACGAUUCAACAUUUCGCCCAACAUUUCGCCCAACAUUGUUUUCGAUGUUGGAAGGUGAUCCAACGUUGGUGGUCAAGCGAUCCAACAUUUCACCCAACAUUUCGCCCAACAUUUUCUCGCGCAGAUCGAAAAGAGAAUGGGUAGUAGGUAAUAUUGAUGUUGCUUAACAACAGUAGGCACACCAGACGUCCACGAUGAUGGCCGCACAUAACGAUGCGCCACCACAUUCCGAUCCGAGAAAACGAAAGGCAAUCGCCGCCAUAGCUAUAAAUGGUAUCAAUUGUAAGCAAAAUCUAGAGUCGAAGCGAGAAUCGCAGCGAGAUUCGAAGCGAACGACAUCAACCCGAGAAGUCAACAACAAUGCUAUGAUUUAAUUUUUGCGGUCUUUUACCGACUACGCGUGCGCAGAGCCAACAAUGCUGGCUGAGGUGAUCAAACGAUCCAACAUUUCACUUAACACUUCAAAACAAAAGAAUUGUUGGACGUCGGCAGCCAACAUUUUUGACCUCAGUUAAAUUUCAUCCAACAUCGAAAUUUACGAUGUUGGGUGACCCAACAAGGUGGCCAAACGGGCUGAAGCCCCGGCCAAGCGAGCCAACAUUUCACCCAACAUUUCACCCAACAUUUCAGGCAACACGCUCUUUUCGCAUGUUAUCUCAAAUGUUGGGUCGUUUGGCCGUUUUGGUCGUUUGGUCGUUUUCAUAUGCCAUUUUUAUAACAGAUCUGUGUCAAACAACAAAGUUUUGUGUGCAAUGCCGUUACCUAGUUGCAUUUUUUUGCUUUGUAUAUAAUCGCUUUAAUCGUUUCAAGGUGUAAUCCUGCAGUGAAAGAGUAUUCGUUCAUGGAACUAUAAGAUUUGGCGUGGGUCUCGGGCCUAUAAGGCUGUUAUUUUCUUUAAUGGUUAAAUCGGAAUUUGCUUCCAAACGUAUUCCAGACUGGAAACUUUGUCGCGCGCCCGCGAUAUAUUGCCCGCGCACUCAAAUUUUCCAUCCGCGCACUUUUGCAAAUUGGCCGCGCAAAGUCCCUAUUUGAAUACAUUUUACAUUAUUAACAAUACAAAUUUCUUAAAGGUGCGUGAUUUCAGGCGCGUAGUUGCGCAGUCAGGCGCGUAGUUGCGCAGUCAGGCGCGUGAACUUGCCGGCGCAAGAAACAAAGUUUCCAGUCUGGAACGUAUUGCAGUUUUUCAUUUUGUGAAAGCAUGUCUCAAGGGACCUUAAGAGAUUUUGACAGUUUGAUUGUUGUAUGGUUUUAAAGAAUAGGAGAGUUGAGCUCUCUAAUGUUGAGUGAUCAAAAAUAUUCUCCUGUUUCGUUAGUUUGGAUUUCUAGAGGAUUUUCAGUUGCUUGGUUUCAUUUAUGCUAAUCUUCUAUUCCCCUGAAGUGGUAUUCUAAAGUUCUUCUCGGAAAAGACUCUAGAUAUUUUCCGUCAACCAUUGUUGCAAAAAAUCACUGCAUAACGAUUCUAAUUGUCUUCAAUUUUUCAUUGCUUCUAAGAACCUGUUUUUAUCAUUGUACUAGUUGUUUUAUCUUGUCUAGAUAGAGCUCUACAUAUUUCAAUACACACUUUUACACAUUUAGUGCAUUUUUAAUAACAUAACAUCUGUAAUUUUCAAGCAGUUGUUUAAAUUGGAGGGCGAUCAGAACACUGGUUUUUUAUUAUCUGUUCAUCUUAGGUAUACAGUUACUUGUGAAAGUACUAUGUGUAUAAGAUCGAUUUUUAUCAACUUUGCCUUCCUGUCAGCCUUUUAAGUCAUGUUUAGUGUCAUCAAACGAAGAUUUAUAAUAUGACGCAAAUGGCCUGAGACAAAGACCGAGAUACAAAUUUUUGUUUAGGGGGGGGGGCAGUCCCGAUAAAUCAGUGUAACAAUAGUCAUAUUUUACAAAAUAACAGUUUUUUACUAAUGCAACUUAAGAUUUUUGGGGGGCCAAGGCCCUCCCCGCCCCCCUUUCGGUAUCUCAGUCUUUGGUUUGAGAUUAGAUUUAGCUUGAUUUGUUUGUACUCUUACCCUUUUUGGUUUAUGCUGCUAUAAUUUCAUCCAUGAAUUGGUAUUUUCGCUUGCUUUGUCCCGAAUACUGUCUUUUUGCUACCAGCGUUACUAAAAUUGAAACUAAACUAUGCAUAGUAAAUGUCUUAACUGAUUUAAGCCAUUGAAUAGCGAAGUGCCCUUCUUAGCAAUCACGACCAUCAAAGAAAAUUAGCAAAGUCGGUGAAAGUCAAUCUCGUUCCCAUAUCUUAAACAAUCUACCAUCGAAACACUGGUGUGAAUAUUUCCCUCCCACCCGAGGCGUCACCUCUGAUUCUCCCCCUAAAAUAACGAAAAUAUAAGACAAGAAAAUUCCAGUGAAUUCUUUGUAGCAAUAGCAGAAGAUUAAAUGUUGUGCACAUUCCUUAAAUUCACUAAUCUAUUAUGUUAAAAUUGCUAAUAAUUAUUAAAUGUUUAAGCUGUUGUUUCAAUGAUAUAGAAGCGCUGAAGGCCCUAGAUCAGGGGUUCUUAAUUAUUUUAAGUGCCGGGCCAGAAAAAUACAUAGAUUUUCUUCGGGGGCCAGUUGGUUUUCAACUUUUACAUACCUUUUGUUAGAAGGCUGCUCAAAAUGAAAAUCAGAUAUCAUUUUUACCAGGCUAAGUUAGUAAUAAGAUAGGCAUGCCUAUUAUUUUAUGCCUGCCUGUCUCAUCUAUCUUAGCAUAAGCCCAAAAAAUAGUUUUCACGAAGGUUUUGUAACUUUAUGUUUCUUGCACCAGGCUGAGUCAGAAAUUCGUUCUAUGCUAUUUUUAGGCCAGAAGGUUAAUCGUUCGUUAGUCUCUUUGUUGGGUCGUUUUGAAGCGCCUGAAGUCAGGUCGAAGGACUGCACAGCGUAUUUUAAAGAAAGGCCAAAAUCUAACGUUUCAAUUGUGGAUAAAUUUAAUAACGGCCGCCACCAUGGUUAGCGGAAAAUUUUUUUAGAUUAUAUUAAUCUAGGAAUGGCCAGAAACAGCACAUCAAAUAGAUUUUAACGGGAGAAAAUUCAAAGCAAUAUUCUUAUGGUUUUCAUAACUUGAUUCCAUAGUUUUAUCUGUUGACAUGAAAAAGGAAAAGUCUCGCAAGGUUUUAGAAUGAUAUUUGCAUAACAGCGUGUAAGAUGGAGAGAAGAAAUUCCCUCCUCUACCACUGCGCUGCAUUCAAACCAUUCUACAUCAGCCAAUCCGACACCACCAUCGCCUUUUUUAAAUAAUAUAAUUGUUGUUUAUUCUCGGCGUAUUGCGGUGUUUCAUAUUUGCUCCAUUUUUAAACAAAUUUGCCUCACUCGGCAGUACACAGCAUGACCCGAGUUAGACAUCAGUUCAGGUUUCCGUCAAAACGAGGCGGCUAUAGACGGAGUAAACGAACACGAGGCAAUCUUGACGACCAUGUUGAAUUGAACCAUGUUGAUGCUGGGAAAAAGGGACGAACAUUGAAUAUACAGAAAUGCCUAAGGUUAGAGUGGAAAAGAAGACAAGAGUGCACAAUGAAGUUGUUAAGCAAGGUAUACAGUUCAACACAGAGAUUGGACAACAUAUUCUCAAAAACCCCCUUGUUGUCAACGGAAUAAUUGAAAAGGCUGCAAUUAAAAGCACUGAUACAGUUCUUGAGAUUGGCCCUGGAACUGGAAACAUGACUGUGAAAAUUCUGGAUAAAGCUAAAAAGGUGAUUGCGUGUGAGUUAGAUCCAAGAAUGGCAGCUGAAUUGCAGAAAAGGGUUCAAGGAACCCAACAAGCUUCAAAGCUGCAAGUGAUCGUGGGCGAUGUGUUGAAAACGGAACUACCGUAUUUUGAUUGCUGUGUAGCGAAUUUGCCAUACCAGAUUUCCUCGCCAUUCGUGUUCAAACUUCUACUUCAUCGCCCGUUCUUCAGAUGUGCUGUGCUCAUGUUUCAAAGAGAAUUUGCCCAAAGACUAAUCGCGAAACCAGGGGAUAAACUUUUCUGCAGAUUAUCGAUUAACACACAGUUGCUUGCAAGAGUUGAUCAUUUAAUGAAAGUUGGUAAAAAUAAUUUCAGACCUCCGCCGAAAGUUGAAUCCAGCGUUGUCCGAAUCGAGCCAAGGAACCCCCCACCCCCCGUUAAUUUCAAGGAAUGGGAUGGGCUCGUAAGGGUCGCAUUUGUACGCAAAAACAAAACCCUCUUGGCUGGCUUUACGUCAAAAGCUGUCCUAGAAAUGUUGGAGAAAAACUACAGAAUCCACUGUUCAGUUAACGAAAUCAUGAUCGACAAGGAGUUUGAUAUUAAAGAGAAAAUUCGUUCGAUUCUUGAAGAAAACGGAUUUGACAAAAAGAGGGCUAGAACUAUGGACAUCGACGAUUUCCUAGAAUUAUUAAAAGUUUUCAACUCAAAUGGAAUUCAUUUUGCUUGAAGAAACUAGAGUUUGGCAGAGUAUUUUAUGGACGCCGAAGACAAGAGUUGGUUCAAUGAAGAGGAUUUCAGGAAACAGAUCUUUAUACAAUAUUAUUCAAAACGUUGGUCGUUGUCAUGUAGUUGGAACACAGUUAGAACUCAAAAUAGGUUCGUUUUCUUAGUGAUUUCGUAAAGCAAACUGUGUUCCAUUAAAUUUUGCGUUCCGUAGAUUGAUGCUAUUAACGACAAAGCACCCAUCCACCUCCCCCUAAGGACCCAUCCAUCUCCCCCUAAGGACCCAUCCACCUCCCCCUAAAAACCCAUCCACCUACCUAUAAAGACCCAUCCACCUCCCCCUAAGGACCUAUCAACCUCCCCCCAAGGGAAUGCAAAAAGCAACUUUACAAUCUUCAAGAAUAUCAAAAUUACCUCAAAGAAGAUACAAGAACAACGAGUUGACGCAGCCUAUUACGAGCCUAUUUCGUAGCCGUUUCAUUAUUUGAUUUCUAGUUACUGGAUUUCUUGUAAAUGGCUAUACAUAUGCAUGAAAACUUGGUGUGAUAUUUUACAGAAAAAGCCCAUUAAAUUAUACAGCCUGUUGUAUUUCUGUCAUUGGUUUUCUUGUUUUAAGGGUUUUUGCGUUUCUUUUUUAUUUGUUAAUGUAGUCUAAAUUAUAAAUUAACUGGGAAGUUGAGCGUCGACUAGA